AUGAAGCUUCUGAAGCUGGCCGGGAAGAGAAGCGGCCCCUGGUCAGGCCGAGAACCCCACAGCAGCAGCCCCGUCUUCCCCCAGCUCACUGCUAGGCGAGGCUGCUCCCGCGCCCCUGGGCCUCCCAAAAAUCCAGACGCAAACUGCGCGGCCUCUGUGUUCGCUUCCCGGUUCAAGUUACCCAGCAAAGAGGAACCUCAAACGCUCUGCCUCUGGUCGGGGCCCAGCGUCCAAACCCAGCCGGGGCAGGGCCGGCUCCUCAGGGGUCCUCGGCCGCCUGGGGGCCACAGGCGUCUCCCUGGUCCGUAUCCAGAGCCUGCUUCUCAGGAGAACGCUGGCUCUGGGGCCAGUCCUAACCCACGAGGGCUCCUCUCGACCACAUCUGCACAGGCCCUAUUUCCAAAUAAGGUCGCAUUCCUGGGUCCUGGGCGGACACGAACCCGGGGCCUGCGCAUCCCAGCGUCGCCGCCGCCCACCUCCGGCACCGCGCCGACCCGCGCGGACCUGACGUCCACGCGGCGCCCACCCGCGGGCGCGCCUUCCCCGGGCGCCACCUGCCCGGCUGUCCCCGCACCCGGCUCCGCGCAGCUCUGCGCGCUGUCGCCCUCCGGCCAGCAGGGGGAGGGCCCCGCGCAGCCGCCUCUUCCCCGGAAGUCCCGCCUCGGCCGGAAGUCGUGCGUCUACGCGUUUCGAAAUACGGCGGCGUCCAGGAGCGCGGGAGAGGCCGGCCCGGGCGGCUCCCAGGGACGCGUGGUCCGCAUGAAGCGCAGAGGCGGGCGCGGGCCGCUCCGCGGUCCUGCUGGAGGUGGGCAGAAGGCCCUGAAGAGGCUCAAGCUAGCGGUGGAGGAGUUCGUGCACGCGACUUCGGAGGGCGAGGCUACCGGGGGUUGCGAGGGGCGCCGCGCCCCGGUGAGCUUUCGCCCGGGAGGGAGAAAAAGCCGUAAGGAACUGAGGAAGGAGAAGCGGCACCUGCGGAAAGCACGCCGGCUGCAGAGGACGGCAGGCCCCGACCAGGGUCCCGGCCCGGGAGGCCGAAGCGGAGCUGAAGAAGCCAGCGGUCCCCUGCGGGACACGGAGGAGUGCGCCCGCCCAGCCCCUAGUCGGGACCCCUCGCCUCCCAAGAAGCCGCGGCCGUCCCGGGUCAAGGCCAAGGCCACGGCCGCCACCGCAAAGACCAGACCCUCCGCAGCCGCCACCGCCGCUGCCCGGAAACGGGCGCUUUUAGCGGCCAACGAGGAGGAGGACCGAGAGAUCCGAAAGCUGGAGCGUUGCCUCGGUUUGAACAAGCGCAAAAAGAAGGACGGCAGCAGCUCCGUGCCGCUGAGCUUUGCACGCGACGGUCGUCUGGGAGCCUUGGAGUCUGGGAAAAAUAGCGGCUUGUAAGACAGCAGUGAUGAGGAGGAGGAAGAUGCCGGACAGACACUCCCCGAAAGUGACUUAGAGAGUGACUCCCAGGACGAAAGUGAGGAGGAGGAGGAGGGAGACGUAGAAAAGGGAAAAAAGGCGCAGGAAGCAGAAGCGCAGGGCGAGGACGACGACGAGGAUACAGAAGAGGAACAGGGGGAAGAAAAGGAAAAGGGAGCGCAGGGGAAAAGGAGGGGGAAGAGAGUCCGUUUUGCAGAAGAUGAAGAAAAGAGUGAAAAUUCCUCGGAGGACGGUGACAUAACGGAUAAGAGUCUUUGUGGAAGUGGUGAAAAGUACAUCCCACCUCAUGUGAGGCGAGCUGAGGAGACAGUGGACUUCAAGAAAAAGGAAGAACUAGAAAGGCUGAAGAAACAUGUGAAAGGUCUACUUAACAGGUUGAGUGAACCCAACAUGGCUUCCAUCAGUGGGCAGCUGGAGGAACUGUACAUGGCCCACAGCAGAAAGGACAUGAAUGACACCCUGACCACCGCUCUCGUGGGUGCCUGCGUCACUGCCUCGGCCAUGCCCAGCAGACUAAUGAUGGAGCAUGUUGUCUUAGUCAGCAUCCUUCACCACACAGUUGGAAUUGAGGUCGGUGCCCACUUUCUGGAGGCAGUGGUGAGGAGGUUCGAUGCCGUCUAUAAACACGGAAGCGAAGGGAAAGAGUGUGACAACCUGUUCACCGUCAUUGCCCAUUUAUACAACUUCCACGUGGUACAGUCUCUCCUCAUCUUCGACAUUUUGAAAAAACUGAUUGGAACUUUCACUGAAAAAGAUAUUGAACUGAUCUUGUUAAUGCUGAAAAACGUGGGUUUUUCAUUGAGGAAAGAUGAUGCUUUAUCACUUAAGGAACUGAUCACUGAAGCCCAGACCAAAGCCAGCGGGGCAGGCAGCGAGUUUCAGGACCAGACCAGGAUUCGGUUUAUGCUAGAGACGAUGUUGGCCCUGAAGAACAAUGACAUGCGCAAAAUUCCAGGCUAUGACCCCGAGCCCGUGGAGAAGCUGAGGAAACUGCAGAGAGCUUUGGUCCGCAACGCCGGCUUAGGUUCUGAGACUCAGCUUCGCGUCUCCUGGGACAGCGUCUUGAAUGCGGAGCAGACGGGUCGCUGGUGGAUUGUGGGGUCCGCCUGGAGUGGGGCCCCGAUGAUCGACAACAGUCACCAUACGCACCUGCAGAAGCAGCUUGCGGGGACGGUCAGUUCAAAGAUCCUAGAACUCGCCCGGAAGCAGAGGAUGAACACGGACAUCCGGAGAAACAUAUUCUGCACAAUAAUGACAAGUGAAGAUUUUUUGGAUGCUUUCGAAAAGCUUCUGAAGCUUGGACUUAAGGAUCAGCAGGAGAGAGAAAUCAUUCAUGUUCUCAUGGAUUGCUGCCUUCAAGAGAAAACUUACAAUCCCUUCUAUGCUUUCCUGGCUAGCAAAUUCUGUGAAUAUGAAAGGAGAUUUCAGAUGACUUUCCAGUUCAGCAUAUGGGACAAAUUUCGGGACUUGGAAAACUUGCCAGCUACGAAUUUCUCUAAUUUGGUUCAUCUGGUGGCCCACUUGUUGAAGACAAAAUCGCUUUCCCUUUCCAUCUUAAAGGUAGUUGAAUUCAGUGAAUUGGACAAAGCCAGAGUCCAUUUUUUACGAAAAGUAUUAAGUAUCCUAUUAAUGGAAACAGAAGUUGAAGACCUCAGUUUAAUUUUCACAAGAGUAUCUGACAACCCAAAGCUGGGGAUGUUAUGUGAGGGUUUGAAGCUUUUCAUCCGCCACUUCUUGCUAAAGAACGCACAGGCCCACAGAAGCGCCGAUGAAGUCAGCAUGCUGAGAGAGAAAGCUGACCUUGCAACGAAGUGUCUGCAAGGAAAAGCUUCCCUGAGAAUGUAGUCAGGUAAGGAAGGAGGGCAGGUGGCCCUUUGACUGUAAAAUGUCCUUUGUAAACCCAAAGGCUUAUUCUGUUGCCUGUGUGUGAAUGUUUGGUAGAGCUAUAUCAUUGUCUGUUAAUGUAUUAUAUUUUGAGAUUUUUUUUUUGAUCUCAGGUUUUAUUGUUUGCAUUUCAAGCCAUUUUCAAAUAACUGUAUCUUGGGGGUGAGAGGAGAAGUAGGGAGGGAAAAGGGGUCAGGCACACUGGACAGGGUUCUCUAAGCAGUGAGGCUGGUGUGUGUGAUUGUCUUAAAAUUUUUUAAUAGAUAUGGCCGAGCAUGAUGGCUCGCCCCUGUAAUCCCAGCACUUUGUGAGGCCAAGGUGGGCGGAUCACUGAGGCCAGGAAUUUGAAACCAGCCUGGGCAAAACCCUGUCUCUACUAAAAAUAUAAAAAUUAGCCAGGCAUGAUGGCACAUGCUGGUAAUAGCAGCUACUGAGGUGGCUGAGGCACAAGAAUUGCUUGAACCCCGGAGGUAGAGGCUGCAGUGAGCCAAGAUUGUACCACUGUACUCCAGCCUGGGCUGGACAGAGACUGUCAAAAAAAAAAAAAAAAAAAAGAUAGGCCACUAGAGGGUGCAGUUAUAAAGAAAUUGAUGAGGUUUUUACCUUUUUAAAAUAUUGGUUAGAAGUUCAAAAACCAUCCCUUAAAGGUGAUUCUUUUUUUGAGACGGAGUCUUGCUCUGUCACCCAGGGUGGAGUGCAGUGUCCUGUAAUCUCAGCUCACUACAACCUCCACCUCCCGGGUUCAAGCGAUUCUCCUGCCUCAGCCUCUUUAGCUGGGACUACAGGCACACGCCACCAUGCCCGGCUAAUUUUUGUAUUUUAGUAGAGAUGGGUUUCACCAUGUUGGCAAGGCUGGUCUUGAACUCCUGACCUCAGGUGAUCCACCCACCUCGGCCUCCCAAAGUGCUGGGAUUACAGGCUUGAGCCACCACGCCCAGCUUAAAUGUGAUUCUUGAUACUGUUUUAAGUAUUUGGGUUGCAGUUAACUUUGGCAAAGUCAGUCGACAUAAGCCCUGUGGAUAUGGCCUUAUGUACACUGUAAUGCAGACAGGUGCUUUUCAUCAUUGAUGUAACAUUCUCACACAGUUGAGGGUAUUCAUCUCCUCACCAAUUCCAAAUUGUAAAUGUACUUUCUUAAACAACUGUGAGGUCACCAAACAGUAGUUAUUUGACUGUUAAUAGGUGCUACUUGCCUGCAAGGAUUUGGAGAUGUAAACAUGAAGAAAAUAUAGUUACUGCCUGCAAGGAAUUAACAUCUGUCUAGUGGGAGAAACAAACACACCCCACUCACUAAGUAUGGAAAACUGAUUCUGGGAGGAAGCAGAAAUGUCCCUAGAUAACAGCAUGUAUUGCAGAUACCCAAAUGUUUAUUGUUUUCUCAGCCCUUCAAUUUUGCUUUUCUCUCUCAAAUGCUACAGACUCAAUUUAAAUCUUACCUUUGAUUGUUGAAAAAAGUCACUAAGAUGAGAAUACAGAAUAGACAUUGAGAAGUUAUAUAUGUCCAAAACUCAUCUGUCCAGCAGUCACCGUCCUCUUCAGAGUGGUCACGUUGGGCAGAUGGGCACAGGUGCUGGUGAUGCCCCUCCUGGGCAAAACGCCCCAUUUGUGGCACUUUCAGAUACUAUUUAUUUACUUUUUAAGAGAGAGACAGGCUCACUCUCUCACCCAGGCCGGAGUGCAGUGGCACAAUCAUAGUUACUGCAGCAUCAAAUUCCUGGACUGAAGCAGUCCUUUUGCCUCAGCCUCGCGGAUAGCUAGGACCACAAGCAGUAGAGACAAGAUCUCCGUAUGUUAUACAGGCUGGCCUCAAGUGAUCCUCUUACCUUGGCCUCCCAAACACCGGGAUUAUAGGUGUGAGCCCCUGUGCCUGGCCUCAAAUUUUACUUUAGCUCGACCCUAUGGCAGUUUGUGUUUGGAAAUCGUGAUGUGAAGUCAUCAGUAUCUGUGCAUAUCCCUAAACUAAUGGUUUAAGCUUUGAAGCAUGCACAAGCAACAUGAACAACUGAACACAGAAAGUAACUGAAAGCAGCACAGAGACUGUCGUCCCUACAGACUUCUAACCCUGCAUUCAGCAACAGCAUUCGACCCGAGGCCAGAUUCAAACCCUAUGUCUUCUAGCAGGUUCUGAAUUUAGAGGACAAAUAAGGUGACAGGUACUAAAAGAAGAGUGAAUUAAGUGAAAAUCUUCCCUUUGUUAAGGAGCUUUUUAACAAGAGUGUCUUUGCUGGGUGGUGAUUGGGAUGUAACAGAUCAGUUCUACUGGACUUGUAGCUUGAUAGUGAAAUAAGGAGCUUGGGCUAAGGUAUAAAUCAACACACUGCUUCCUUCCUCCAGAAGGUCUUACUGUGAAGAAAAAAAUGUCAGUUGAACUAAAUUGUGCUUCACGCCUCGGUAGAUUUGCAUUCUGAUGCAAGCCCCCAACCUCACAGACCAAGAGGAUCCCUGGCUGCCUGUGAAUGGCCCACAUUUGAGUGGUGCUAACUUGACGUGAGUAGGCAUUAAUUAUGGGUGCGGCUACUAAGAUGGGAAAAACUAUCAUGACAGUGGCACCACCUGAUUUCAUUAUGUACCAUAUGCAGUAACCCAUGUUUGAGGUACAGAAUUGAAGCUGAUUUUUCUGCAGAAGAUGAAUUUCUAUAAAAAAUCCCAUUUUUAUAUUUUAUUAUUAAAACAAAAAUACCUCUCUUUGCUAGAGAGUAUAUGUAUGACUUAAAUUAUUAGCUAUGGUUUGCAUUAGUAUAUGGCAGAUUGCCUGUAAGUCUGUUCAUUUUAACAACAUACGGGGCUGGGCACGGUGGCUCACGCCUGUAAUCCCAGCACUUUGGGAGGUUGCGGGCGGAUCACUUGAGGUCAGGAGUUCGAGACCAGCCUGGCCAACAUGGCAAAACCCCGUCUCUACGAAAAAUAUAAAAAUUAGCUGGGCGUGGUGGCAGGCACCUGUAAUCCCAGCUACUCGGGAGGCUGAGGCAGGAGAAUCGCUUGAACCUGGGAGGCGGAUGUUGCAGUGAGCAGAGAUCGUGCCAUUGCACUCCAGCCUGGGAACAAGAGUGAAACUCUCAAAAGCAAAAACAAAAACCCAACAUAUAUGGGCUGUUAGAUAGUAAUUGUAAUUUAGUAUAAAUAGUAAAUGAGUACAUCUUGAUUAAAAGCUAUGAGUUCAGAAUUGCUUUUAAAUAUAUAGUGGGUUUUUUGAAAUUUAUUACAGUGCAAUUGAAAAUACACUUACAAUACUGCAGGAUGCUUAGUGCUCAGUGUUAUGUAUGAACUUGUGGACUUUACAAUGCAGGCUGAGAACUGCUAAUGUAUAGAAUGACUAAACAGCUGUCUUUCAGGGAAUCUCAUUUUUAAAGGUAUAAGGAAGAAACUUUAAUGUAUUGAAAUGCAUAAAUAAAAUUUUUUAUAUUUUGUUUAGAGUAACAGUGAAUGUUUAUUUUGAAAGACCAGCUUGGCCGGGUACGGUGGCUCACACCUAUAAUGCCAGCACUUUGGGAGGCCGAGGCAGGUGGAUCACCUGAGGUCAGGAGUUCGAGACCAGCCUGGCCAACAUGGCAAAACCCUGUCUCUACUAAAAAUACAAAAAUUAGGCGUAGUGGCAGGUGCCUGUAAUCCCAGCUACUCGGGAGGCUGAGGCAGGAGAAUCACUUCAACCCAGUGGGGGGAGGUUGCAGUGAGCUGAGAUUGCGCCAUUGCACUCCAGCCUGGGCAAAAGAACAAGCCUCCGUCUCAAAAAAAAAAAAAAAAAAAGCUUUGGUGGUAAACUGAGGUCUAUACCUUUCCUUUACCUUUUAAAGAAGGCUACUUAGCUGUAUGAUUUAGGAAGAAAGAUUCAUUCUCUCCACCCCCAGAGAGAGAGAACGCCCAGGAGGUGGAAUGUUAACCACUGGAGAACUUGGGGAGGUUUAUGCGGGUGAAGUGUGUUCUUGGAACUUUUCUGUAAGUGUAUAAUUGUUUCAAAAUAGAUGUUUUGAAAGCAUUCAUAAUUCAGAACUCAUUCUAUAAAGAUCUAAAAUAUACUUUUUUUUUUUACAAAAGUAAUUAAGCAAACAGAUUCAAAUCACCUUUGCCUCCUUCUUAAAAAAUUGCCUAGGCCUUAGCGUACAUCUGCCAAGAUUUACCUUAACUUUAGGGUGGGUUGGUUUCCUUCAGCUUGGUCAGGUGACCGCCUUAGCUCCCUGUCGCACUACCUGUAUUUUACAGAGGUUUAUUCUGAGCCAAUCUGAGUGACCAUAGCCUGGGGAACACAGUCUCAAGACGUCCUGAGAAAGCGUGCUUGCAGUGCAAAGAUUAAAUGAGGUACUGAAGGACCCAAUACAGUGUCAGCACAUUGUAGCUGCUUGUUUGAGUGGCGAUAGUAAUACUGGAAAAAGUGAGACGCUUGAAGUGGAAGCUUAUGAGUCAUAGGUGGGUUUUAGGGAUUCUUUAGUUGGCAAUUGGUUGAAAGAGUUAAGCUUUGUCUGAAACCUUGACGUCAGUAGAAAGAAAUGCUUAAGAGAAGGGAGUCUGCUGUCAUGUGAGGCUGUACCAGAGUCAGGUUGGAAAGUAAGCCACACUAUACUGGGUCAUUACAAAAAACCCAUUUAAUGAGAUAUUUUAUGGUUCACAGGGUGUGACUUAACCCUUGCCUUGCAUAGCCUUAGGUCUUGUUUAUAAUUCUGUAUCUUAUGGUCACAAAGAGUCUAUUUUGUCAGUCUUAUGAUCUGUAUUUUAACCUUAAUGCUGGUCACUUGUGCCUAACUUCUAGGAGGACAUGAGUUGUGUCUGACCUCCGCUCUCAUCACAGCCAAUAACUCAGUUUUUCAGGUUUUUUGGGGGUCCCCUUGGUUAAGAGGGGCUCCGUUCAGCAGGCUGGGGGGCUUGGGAUUUUACUUCUAGUUUACAGUGGCUAUUCUCCUCAAUGUGAUUUUUGGAUGAUUGGUAUUCCAACAUGUGGAUGAUCCACUGUUUAAUUCUAAAAACCGUGCUGCAGUGUACGUCUUUGUACAUAAUCUUUGUGAACCUAACUCUGAGCAGCUGCUGUGGCAACCUGAAGGCAAUAGGCCUGCAGAAUAAAGGACUGGCUGAAGCAGAAUCUCUUCCCAACUGAGUCUUGUCUCCACUGAGGCCAUGACCAUCCAAUGGCACAAAUCACACCGUGACUCGUAGUACCUCCGGUCUUGCUGCUUUUUAUCAAGUUGGUAUAACUAUGAUUAAAGCUUUUGUUGAACUACUGUUA